ACAAUAGCCUCUUCCCGAUGGGUGGUGUUAGAGAUGAUCCUUUUGGGCGCAUUCAUGCUCUACAUAACGGUGAUCAUCCGGUACUACGAGUCCACACCACUGACCUGUUUCCUGGAGCCCUGGUUUCGUGAAGUGGGGUUUGCCUUCUGUUACGGCGCUAUCGUUAUAAAGGUUUACCGCAUUUUCGCCGAAUUCCAGACCCGGAAGGCGCACAGAGUGUGUGUCCGGGACAAGGAUCUACUCAAAUACCUGGGCGGCAUAGUGCUGGUCGUGUUGGGCUACAUGAGCGCCUGGACGGCACUGGUAUUAGACGGCAUCGACGACAUCAGUCAAAUCAAUUGGUUCGAUGGGGCCAUUAAUUUGGACAUUAAGGGCAGGAAUAUUCUGGAGGAGAAGUCGACGCGCGAUGGGCUCCGGUAUAUAGUCUGUCGGCAACUGUCGUGGGAUUACGUCACAGAAAUGGGGGAACUGGUAUUUCUAUUGACCGGAGUCUACAUCACAUACUGUAUCCGAAACGCCAAGAAAGAGAUCUACAGAGAGAAGUGGACGCUCGCCGUCUCCCUCUACUUGGAGACUAUAGUGUCGUUCACCACAUACACCGUACGCCAUGUGCUGUGGUUUUACCCGGAUCUCCAUCCCGACCACAUAUUCCUCUUAUAUAUGGCGAGGUGUCAGCUCACAGUCACUCCCAUGUUAUUCAUGAUAUUCUUUCCGAAACUCUGGUAUCACAACCGGACCCAUCGAUCAGAGCACCACAGAUCACGUCAUUUAUCAUCGGCUGAAGUGGCCGACGCUAUACCUGAAGCCAUGAAACUGCAUUCAGCCAUACUAUCCAAUGGAGAGGUCGAUAUCGGAGACAUUAAUCUCGCAGACAUGGAUCCCGAGGACAUUAGAUUAUUAGUCACUAAAACCCACAUCUCUAUUGUGAAAACGCACCGACGGUUCUCAUUGCAGCCCUUCCACCACAAACACAAACACCCGGAGCAGGAGAUGACCGAAAUAUCGCGGACUCCCGAGGAGUCGACGGCCAGUAUGGAAGGGAACACUUCCUGCCAACCGGACGGCCCGUCCACCGUCAGGAUUGGGGGCACGACGGCUAUGGGCCCGGACUCGGAGGCCAUUAAAGUAUCUCAUGUUAAUAGAAGUCAUUGA